AGGCUGGAAUAAGCAUUUUGAUAUUUGUAGGGGACGUAUAUAAUAAAACAAUAUAUUAUCCAAAGGAAAUGUGAAAUGAUGAAUGGAAUUAUUAUUUCUAGGAAAUGGCAUCAUGGACACAACCGUUGACUUGAUCUGAGAAACCCUUACUUUAAUUUCCCAUCUGAAAUUACCCAAAGUUCAUCAAUUGAGAAAGCUUAUAAUAGAGAUCAGGAGGGGAAGUGAAAACAGGUGUGUUUAAGUUUAACCAAGUUUGAAAUAUGGCGACGAGAGGAUUUCUGAGUCCCAGAAGGUCCAGACCGGGGGCAACAGAGCAGGGAGGAAGUGAUGAAAGAAAAAAUCAAUACAAAAUGAACCAUAGAUCUUCCACUAUUUCAAGUUUGAACCCAUCAAAAUCCCCGUCGACGGAGAAUUUGCAACAAGAAGUAGCAGCCUCAAAUAAGAAGGGUAUUUUCAGCUCCAAAUCUGCCCCUGAAUCAGCCCUUAACUCAGCAACUCCCGCUCCCACUCGCCGCACAACCAAGAAGGGAAAAGUUAAGGAUGAUGGUGGAAAAUCAAUACACAAAUCGGUGAGUUCAGACACAAUUGACCAAUAUAAUUCUCAAAGCAAUGCUCCGACAAUAUUAUGUAAAAUAUAUGAGGAGAUUGCAUCUCAUCGUCAUGGAAACUCAACCAUUAAAUCUUACUUCAGAAACCUCAAGGCAUUAUGGGAUGAAGCUGCUGCUCCAACCAAUCCAUCUUCCUCCGAUCAAAUUGUGGAGCAGACUGAGCUCAUGGAAAGAGAGAAACUAAUGCAAUUUCUUUUGGGACUAAACGAUUCUUAUUCCUCCCUUUGCUCCCAAAUCCUUCUUGUGAGGCCAUCUCCGACCGUGGACCAAGCUUAUUCUCUAAUAGUUCGAGAAGAGAAAACUAGGAAAUCGAAAACUUCCAAAAAGGUCAAUUUAAUGUAGUAAUCAAAAGACAUGUUCGCUUCUUUACAACCAAACCUUCCAACAAGGCUGAUAAUAAAGCUUUCAUUUUUCCUUUUUCUUAUUUUGAAUUACA